GGCAGUCAGCGUGUAAGCGAGCGUGCUCCUCUAUACAGUUGCGUACUGCUGCUGCAGCUCUCAGCGCAACUCCACUGCAUGCAACAUGGACACUACGAGCAGCGGCCAGCCGCGGAGGAUCUGAGCGCGCCUCGGGAGCGCUGCUGACACGCGAUACGCCGCACUGGGGCAGGGAUGAGGUGCCAUCCAGCAGCCGCACACUGGUAGGCGAGUCGUCAAUUGUCAGCGAUGUCAAAGAGUCUGAAGAAGAAGAACCACUGGACGAACAAAGUCCACGAAGCGGUGCUCACCAGGAAUAAGGAGGGCGAGCUGGGGUUCGACUUGAAAGGGGGCGCCGAGAACGGCAAUUUCCCUUAUUUUGGGGAAGUGAAGCAGGGUAAGGUGGCCAUCCAGAGCGGCAAGCUGUCCCAGGACGAGCUGCUCUUGGAGGUCAACGAUACACCGGUGGCAGGGCUCACCAUCAGGGAUGUGCUGGCCGUGAUCAAGCACUGCAAAGACCCGUUCCGGCUGAAGUGCGUGAAGCAAGGAGGCGUUGUGGAUAAAGAUCUCCGGCAUUAUCUCAACCUUCGGUUUCAGAAGGGUUCAGUGGAUCACGAGCUUCAACAAAUCAUACGUGACAACCUCUACCUCCGGACUGUGCCGUGCACGACGAGACAGCCCAAAGAGGGGGAGGUCCCCGGUGUGGACUACAACUUUGUGAGCGUUGAGCGGUUUAUGGAAUUAGAGAAAAGUGGGGCUUUAUUAGAAAGUGGAACAUACGAAGAUAACUUCUAUGGCACGCCAAAGCCUCCUGCCGAACCCACGCCGAUGCUGUUUAAUGUGACGGACCAACUCUUGCCCGGUGCCCGACCCAGCGCAGAGGGAAAAAGGAAGAGAAAUAAGUCCGUCAGCAACAUGGAAAAAGACAGCAUUGAGCCACCAGAAGAGGAGGAGGAAGAGAGCCCUGUCGUCAAUGGAAAUGGCAUCGCCAUCACACCAGAAUCGAGCGAACAUGAGGACAAGAGCACCGACGCUUCCGGAGAUGUGCCCGUCCAACCGUGCCCACCCGAGACCCCCACCCUCACCGCCACAGAUGCCCCAGAGGAGGAAGGAGACGCCCCCAAAUCCCCACAGGACUCCCAGGAGAAUGAUGACCUGGGCCCUUUGCCAGAUAACUGGGAGAUGGCCUACACUGAGAAAGGAGAAGUUUACUUCAUAGAUCACAAUACCAAAACAACGUCAUGGCUCGACCCUCGGCUAGCGAAGAAAGCCAAGCCCCCGGAGGAGUGUGAGGAAGAUGAACUUCCAUAUGGCUGGGAGAAAAUAGACGACCCUAUUUAUGGCAGUUACUAUGUUGACCACAUUAACAGAAGGACACAGUUUGAGAACCCCGUCCUAGAGGCCAAACGAAGGAUCCAACAGCAACAGCAAAUGCAAAGUCAAGGUCUAUCGGCGCUGCCAUUGCCCACAAUAUAUAGAGAAAAACCUCCAUUCACGAGGGACGCCACACAGCUCAAAGGGACGUUCCUCACCACGGUGCUGCAGAAGAGCAACAUGGGAUUCGGCUUCACUAUUAUUGGCGGGGACGAGCCGGACGAGUUCCUACAGGUCAAGAGCGUCAUACCUGAUGGACCUGCAGCCCAAGAUGGAAAGAUGGACACAGGUGACGUGAUUGUCUACAUCAAUGACAUCUGUGUUUUGGGCACCACCCAUGCCGAUGUGGUGAAGCUUUUCCAGUCUGUUCCCAUUGGUCAGAGCGUGACCCUGGUGCUGUGUCGAGGUUACCCUCUCCCUUACGACCCAGAAGACCCCUCUGCUAGCUCCUCCAUGCCUCCUCUGGGUCUAGUGGAUCACCCGUUGCUGCUCAAUGGAAGGAACAACUAUGAAAAUUACAUGGAGUACAUGUCUUUGACUGGCCGCUUGGUACCCGAGCACGGUGAGGGUCUUACCCCGCAUCCCCAUCCUGGAGACACACACCUGGACGGCUCACAGCCUCCAUCUCUGACUACACCGGGACCCCCACCUGAUGACAGCGUCUCCAUGGCGUCAUCCUCAGGAGCUACAGCUGGUGCUCAAGUGGCUCCUGAACUUCUGAGUCUCACUAUAACCAAAGGAGCAGAGGGUUUCGGGUUCACUAUAGCGGACAGUCCCACAGGACAAAGAGUCAAACAGGUGCUGGAGCCGCAGGGUUGUCCGGGGUUAUGUGAAGGAGAUUUGAUGGUGGAGAUUAAUCAGAAGGGUCUCCAGGGACUCAACCACACACAGGUGGUGCAGCUGCUCAAGGACUGUCCAGUGGGAACAGAGGCUACGCUUGUCAUUCAGAGAGGAGCAGCAGCAGGCCUCUACACACCCUGGGAUCCCACAAAACAGUGGGAUCCUCAAGGAAGCCCCCAGACCAGCUUGUCGGCUGCUUUACUCCCCCACGGUGCCCCACAUCCCGGCCAGACGCUCCAUCGCUCCUCUGUUCCAGACACAGAGGGCUUCCACCUGGGCAAGCCGGACCCCUACGACCUCUAUGAGAAGUCACGUGCCAUUUACGAAAGCAGACAGCCGGUCCCUCCUCGGACGCUGACAGACUCUACAGGUGUGGAGUAUCAGGAAGUGGAAGUGCACCUGCUGCGUGAGAAGACCGGCUUCGGCUUUAGGAUCCUGGGUGGAGACGAGGCGGUGCAGGCUGUGAGUCCGGAGGCCCGUGACAAGAUUGUGAUCGGAGCAAUCAUAGAGAACAGCCCAGCGGAGCGCGACGGCAGACUGCGUCCGGGAGAUGAGCUGGUCUCGGUUGACAGGAUGCCCGUGGCGGGGAGACCUCACCGCUACGUCAUUGACCUCAUGCACGCGGCGGCACGAAACGGACAGGUCACCCUGACCGUCAGGAGGAGAGUUCUGCCGCAGCAAGGCCAGCCAUGUGAGGAAAACGGUGCAUCGGCCAAUCAAAGCAGUUCUCCGCGGGGUCAUGCAGUGUGCCCCGUCAACUUGCCCCCCACCACUGAUGUAGUUAUCCACCGUAAGGAAAGCGAAGGCUUUGGCUUUGUCAUCAUCAGCUCCCUCAACCGUCCAGAGACCACUAACACAAUAACUGUGCCACAUAAGAUUGGCCGCAUCAUCGAGGGCAGUCCGGCUGAUCGCUGUGGGAAGCUGAAAGUUGGUGAUCGUAUAAUGGCUGUCAACUGUCAGUCUAUCAUCAACAUGCCUCACGCUGACAUUGUCAAGCUGAUCAAAGACGCUGGACUCACUGUCACCUUGCACAUCAUCCCUGAGGAAGACGUAAACGGUGCUCAUUCGGCCCCUACAUCAGAGAAGCAGAGUCCCAUGGUGGCCCAGAAGCACAGCCCUCAGACUCAGUCCAGCCCAGCAGCCCAGCAGAGCCCGACCGUGGCUCAUCCCAGCCCACCAGCCCCUCACCCCAGCCCGGCCACCACGCAGCCCAGCCCCCUGUUGAUGGAGCCGGGCCCUGGAGCUCCACACAGCAGCCCACCAGUGACUCAAAGCAGUCUGCCUGUGAGUCAGGCCGGCCUGGAGGCCAUGCAGUCGGGCUCAGCGGUGACUCAGGCUGCUGCUGCUGCUGUAGAUCCAGGCAUGGUGGGAGUUCAGCCCACCUCCAUUGGAUCAGUGCCCGUACCACCACAGCUGUACCUUCAUGACACCAGGUCGGAGGUUAAAGCCAGACAGGAUGUUAAACCUGAUAUCUGUCAAGCUGCUUACACAGACUACAGACAGCCUCCGGUGGACUACAGGCAUCCUCCAGUAGCAGACUACAGACAGCCACCCACCAUGGAGUACAGACACCCACCUGCUCUCAUAGACUACAGACAGCACUCCAUCGCCGAUUACAGACCACAGGACUAUGACUAUUUCACUGUGGAACUGGAGAAGAGUGUGAAAGGAUUUGGCUUUAGUAUCCGCGGAGGACGGGAAUACAAGAUGGACCUGUUUGUGCUGAGACUGGCUGAGGACGGACCUGCGAUCCGCAACGGCAGAAUGAGGGUUGGAGAUCAGAUUAUUGAAAUUAACGGUGAGAGUACGAGAGACAUGAGUCACGCUCGUGCCAUUGAGCUCAUCAAGGCUGGCGGUCGCCGAGUACGUCUGCUGUUGAAAAGGGGCACGGGACAGGUGCCGGAAUAUGGAAUGGUACCUACCAACCUUACCAUGUGCAUGAAAAGCGACACUCUAGCCUCACCCUAUUUCUUCAUAAUGGGACACUCUAAAGACACGACAGUGCCGCCUCCCGGAGUGCUGUCUCUCCAGCCGCCCCUGCCUUGUCGGAAGUAGUCUCACCCCGCUAGCGUGACACUCGCCCUUCGCCGUCACCCGUCAUUUCAUCCAGCCUCAAACCCUGGACUUUCAGUGGCAUUCUGUGACAGUCUGGACCAAUCACAGCACCCCUCAUGGUCAGUUUUGUGGGGCUUCGCCCGCAGAACAAAGGGUGGCAGGUCCACCUGUAAGAGCUGUGCUUUGAACAGCCUAAGAAACGGAGGAGAUGGAUCAUAAAAGUCGAAAAUAUUAAGAACAGAUGGAGACACAUCAACCUCAAAUGGAUUGUCGCAUCCAACUUGCUUUUCAUAUAGUGUCUGAUCCAAGUUUGUUUUUCGUUUUUCCGGACAAUCCAGAUGAACGGCAGCCAAAGACGUGUGGCUCACCCUCUCGCUGUUUAAUUCUGGAUCCAGAGCGGAAACUUCUCGCAGAGGAACGAGCCGAACUUUCAACGCCUCGUUCUUCCGUCCGGUGGACCCGAGCUCUCUUUAUUUGUUUAUCAUGUAGAGGUUGUUUAUUUUUUGUAUAAUUUCAAGAUGUUCAUACCAAGCCCCUAGCGAUACCAGGGGUCAAAUAUCGCAAAUAUAUGUGUAGCAUGAAAAGAGAUUUCCGAAGAAACACACAAACUUCUGAGUUGAGAACUUCAACGUUUCAGUAUUGCGUUUCGUUAUAUGUCUGAUGGAAAAAAAGUCACCAUAGACAUUGUGAAACACUGACAGUUAAUACAAAGGGAGACCGCCAUGAUGGAGAUAUAAGGGUAAGUAUCACGCCGAAUCAUUCGGCCUGAAUUAUGGGAGGUAAAUGCAUAUCAAUCGCCAAAUCUGCCGCAUGGACGUAUCCCUUUAGAUCCCAAGACGAUAUGUUAUAUUAGUAUGGUUUAGUCGAUGAAUUCCACACCCAGCCAAACGAUUGCUUACAUCGCGAACAACCGACGAAGGACCGCGGAUGUUUUCAAAGCCUCAGUGUGUCAAUCCGGCCUCACUGGCCCUGUACUGUGCGCCACCACUGUGGAUAUGGGGUGCCAUCUUACACCUCACAAGCUUCAUUCCCAUGUCUCUGAUGGCUCCGGAGUUCAUGGAAACUAAUUAGCAGAGCUAAUUAAAAAAGAUGGUUUUUCAGGACAGUUUGGUCUGAGACCAGGAGACAUGUAGUCUUUCACUGUGUCUUAACCAAGUGUGACAUGACAAAUAAUUUCCCUAUUUGCUCCAAAUGUGAAAACGUUGCACGAUGCAACAAAAUCACAUCAAGUCAGAACUUAUUUGAUAUGUAGUACACAGCAAUUUGGAUUUUGGACCAAUAAGAUACAUACAGAUAAAUUUGGGAUUUGGGCCAAUAUGCUAACUAUUGAUACAUUUGUAUUCGGACCACUGAGAUGACAAUAGGUGGGGCUACAUACAGAUAAAUUUGUUUUUUGACCAGUGAGAUGACAAUGGCACGGCUACGUAUAGAUACAUUUGUAUUUGAACCAAUGAGAUGACAAUGGGCAGGGCUACAUACUAAUAAAUUUGGGAUUUGGACCAAUAUUAAGAGAAUGGACGGGGCUACAUACAGAUGAAUUUGGAAUUUGUACCAGUAUGAUGGCAAUGGGUGGGGCUACAUACAGAUAAAUUUGUGAUUUGGUCCAAUAAGAUAACAAUGGGAAGGGCUACACAAAAAUAAACUUAAGAUUUGGACGAAUAUGAUAACUAUAGGCUGGACUAUGUAGAGAUUCAUUUGGAUUUGGACCAAUAAGAUGACAAUUGGUGGGCUACAUGCAGAUAAAUUUGUUUUUAGACCAAUGAAAUGACAAUGGGUGGGGCAACUUGUGGAUAAAUUUGGACCAUAGAUUAAUUUUAGAUUUGGACCAGUAUGAUGACAAUGGGCGGGGCUACAUACAGAUGAAUUUGGUAUUUGGACCAAUACGAAGAGAAUGGGCGGGGCUACAUACUGAUAAAUUUGGGAUUUGGUCCAAUAAGAUAACAAUGGAAAGGGCUACACAAAAAUAAAAUUGGGAUUUGGACCAAUAUGAUGACUAUGGGCUUGACUACGUAGAGAUUAAUGUAAAUAUUAAUUUGGAUUUGGACCAAUAAUAUGACAAUGGGCAGACUACUUAGAGAUACAUUUAUUUUUGGACCAAUGAAAUGACAGUGGGUGGGGCUACUUACGGAUUAAUUUGGACCAUAGAUUUAUUUUUAGAUUCGGACCAGUAUGAUGAUAAUGGGCGGGGCUACAUACAGAUAAAUUUUAAUUUGGACCAAUAUGAAGAAAAUGGGUGGGGCUACAUACAGAUAAAUGUGGGGUUAGGGCCAAUAAGAGAUUUGGACCAAUAUGAUGACAGUGGGUGGGGCUAAAUACAGAUAAAUUUGGAAUUUGGUGUAGGCACUGUUAGCCUUGUGGGCAGCAUGUUGCAUACAGCGCCGUUGCGCUACGGGUGUCCCGAGUUCGAAUCCCGGCUUGUGGACCUUUCCCGAUCCUAUCCCUCUUGCUUUCUUCCACUUCACUUCCUGUCAACUCUAUACCUAUUCCUAUCACAGUAAAGGCAAAAAAUGACAAAAACAAAUCCUUUAAAAAAAAUGUGGGAUUUGGACCAAUACGAUGAUAAUACGUGGGGAUAAAUACAAUUAUAGGUAAUUAUAGGUGGAUCUACCUAGAAAAUUGACCAAAUUUCUUGCCGCUUGUUACAAUUGUGGCUAGAUGUGCAUGAUAUUUUGGUAUACCGGCUAUCGGCCGAUAUCGCUAUUGGUCUAUAUUGGAUAUUUAAUUGUGCAUAUUAAUUGUGAUAUUAAAAAUGCUAAAUUCGCCGGUUUUUAUGUUUAGAUUUAAUUUGCCGCCAUUGAACACUCACUUAAAGUUAAUUUUUAAAAAUUAAAAUUUAAUAACACUGUUAAAUGUAUUCUUCAGCAAGUCUCACAAUGAAUGUUCAUUUUUCAUACUGCAUAUUAUAAUGUUGUGAUGCCCAAAUUCACUUGUAGCAUUUUAAAUCAUGACUGUUUAGUGUUCUAUUUUUUAUUUAUCGGCUUAUCGGUAUUGGCCAGAACUUUAUUUUUUGCUUUAUCACUUGAUGUUUUAUCAUGUCACGCUUGGUUAAGACACGGUUAAGGUUCAGGUGGGAGAAAACAUGAGAAAAAAAAGGAUGUUUUUAAAUGAUGGGGGCAUGAUCAGGGUCUCUCUAGCAUGAAUGGGUGGGACCCAGUUGUAUGGGGCAGAGUGCCUUACUGGCAGGACAAAGAGCAGUAUGAAAUAUGCAUUUUACAUAAAAAAUAGAAAUAUCUUAAGAGCUGAGCUUUUGUUUUCACCUUUGAUUUAACGGUGACAAACUUUGCCAAUUUUUUUCUGAUGUCGUGAAAAUGUUUUGUUAGUAAAAUCAAUGUAUAAAGAUCAAAACUUCUGAUCUGGCACAUGUGGACAGCGGUAGGAGAAGAUUUUGUGUUUGUUACGGCAAACAACCUCUGUCAUUCUGACCUUUUCAUUAGAUGGAGAAGACAGUGUUAAUGGAUUUUAUAUGGUGAUAGUGAUCAACAGAAACAUUUACAGUGAUUAAAUCUCACAGUGUGGAGCGAGGGUUUGAUGCCAUGCAGUGUUUUGCCUCUUUUUGUAUUCAUUUAAUUGUGAAAUUGUCUUAUGCUGCUCUGCACCUGUCAUUCUGAUCACAGGCUGAUAACUGUGCCAAUUCAAUUGUUCUGGAGGUAUGUGGAAUGUAAUUCCAGAUUUUCAAGCGGUUUUGUGAACCACAGAAUAUCCUAAAACUGCGUCGGGAGCUGCAGUAAAAAAAUUGCAUAUCAAUACAAGCUUAUCACAUUCCUACUUCAUAACACUGCAAAAAAAAAAAAAAAAAAAAAAAUCUCAGAUUUUUUUUUUUUUUUACCUUUACAUUUUUUUUUGCAUAAACAUCACUAAAUUUGGGAUGAUUAUGCUUUAAUUAAGAAAAAACUGUUUGCUAAUGCACUGUAAGAAAUAUUCUUUUAAAAAAAUGUUUCAACUUAAUAUCAUUUGUUACCCCGCUGACUUAAAAUUUUUAGUUUAAUCAACUUGAAAUUUUAAGUUACUUAAUAUGGAACUGGAAUAUUUUAGUUGACUGAACUAAAAAUUUUAAGGCAGCUUAACAUUAUUUUAAGUUGAAACAACUAUUUUUUUUACAGUGUGGUGUGAAAAAAGGGUGUUUAGAUUUUUUGCUAGAAAAUGAAAAAUAAAGAUUCCUUAAUUUUUUUUUUUUUUUUUUUUUUUUGCAGUUGAAACAAGAUGUGUAUAUUAGUAAUCUGUGCCACAAUAAAACACUCCCUGUUCAUAUCUCCUUAAUGGUUUUGUAGCUAGCACACAAUAUUCGUAGUCUCCAUUGAUCGCCAUCAUUGGGUGCAGUGUGCUAGAUUAAACUGCUGUUUACAUGGAGAGACAGACAGCGAGAAACGGUGAAGGAAAAUGUGGAUGCAUUUAUUGCACAGCUCAUAGCUUUUACUGUUUGAAGCUGUAUCCUGCCUGCUGUGAAAAUAAGACAAAGAAAAAAAAAACAUUUUAUAUUAUUGAGGAAAAUAUUGAAUCUGUUAAAGAUGGCACGUGCCGGGGCCCAUUCAGAUCAAUAUUACUGUCUAGUGUUAGAUGUGUAUUUACCUUGUACAGCUGUACUCCUAUAAAUAUGGUUUAAUGUAUUAUUGAUAGUUUCAAAGACUAAGUGAUCAAAUAUUUUUAUGAAAUGCAACAGUACGGAUAUAAUAAAUUUUGCUAAAAUCUUGUUUACCUGUAUGAUAUUCUGAUAUACUGUUAAAUAAACUCUUGACAAGGUCUAAA